AUGCAGAGACAGAGGAGCUUCUCCAUCAGGCCCACAGGGUUGCUCUUCUUUUUCGCUGUGAGCUCUUCUCUGGUGAUCCUCCUCCUCUUCUCCGUGUGGGCCUUCUCCUACCCCAGCCCUCAGGAGGCCCACCUCCUCUUCAGCUCCGGGCUCUUAGCUCUGGGAGUACGAAGCUUCUCCCCCUCUGAUCAGAGCCCCUCCGGCAUUUCUAAGCAGACCCAUCUGGUUGAAGCCGCGGCCCAGGGGAAUGAUUCCGCCAUUUUCGGAGAUGUCCGCUCGAGCGAAACCCUGGGUUCUUCCAUUAAAGCUUCCUUUGCUCCUCCCUGGAAGAGGAAAGACCUCGACCUGGCCGACCCCCACCUCAAUGCAAAUGCAGCAGCAGCCGCUUCCUAUCGUGGAGAAGAUGACGACGUAUCCGGAGAUGGAAACUCGAUCAGAGGCCUUGGCAACGAUUCAGCUUCUCUGGUGAGGAAGAUCCAUGGAGGCUCCUGCGAUCUCUCCAGCGGAGAGUGGGUUCUCGACGAUUCCUAUCCCCUCUACACCAACCGCUCCUGUCGCUUCAUAGAUGAAGGCUUCAACUGCCAGGCUAAUGGAAGAUUAGACAAGCAUUACAUGAACUGGAGAUGGCGUCCCCAUGGCUGUGACAUCCCAAGGUCUCCCCCACCCUCCUCUCUCUCUCUCUCUCUCCUCUGAUUUGUGUGCGUGUUUCUCUGUGUUCUGGUUUUUCCUCUGCAAGUCAUUUGGGGAGAAAUCUCUGACGAGCUUGGUGGGACGGGGUGGGAAUGAUUGCAGGUUUGAUGCUUCAAAGAUGCUGGCGGCGAUCAAAGGGAAGAGGUUGGUGUUUGUUGGUGAUUCCAUUAACAGGAACCAGUGGGAGUCGAUGCUCUGCCUGCUGAGCAGCGGGUUGAAUCCGAACAGCGUCUACGAAGCCCGUGGCCGCAAGAUAACCAAGGAGAAGGGAAUCUACAACUUCAAGUUUGUGGUAUAAUCCUGAAUCUCUCUCUCUCUACCCCCGCGUCUCUCUCUCUCUCUCUCUAGAUAUCUAUGUAUAGUCUCUUUGAUGGGAGUUUGAGAAUUAGGGAAUGGUUUUUGUGGAUCCUGCAGGAUUACAAGUGCAGUGUCGAGUACUACGUGACCCAUUUCCUGGUUCGCGAGGGGAGGGCGAGAGUGGGGACGAAGAGGAAGGUGACUCUGAGGCUGGACGCCAUGGACAGGAGCUCAGCCAGAUGGAGAGGGGCUGAUGUUCUCGUCUUCAACACGGCUCAUUGGUGGUCUCAUCACAAGACGAAGGCAGGGUGAGUCGGUGGUUUCUCUCUUGCUUCCCAUUUUCAUUUAAGAUCCCAGCUUUAAUAAUUAAUCGACCCAAUUCAGAUUUGGGUAGAUUGUGUUCUUGCUAAUCUCCCCCCAAGAGAAAGUGGAUCCUUUUUUUCCCCCUGAUCAUCAUCUAAUUAUUUAAAUUUGGUCUCAAUUACUUGUUCUCUGCCAGAACGAUGCCGAAUAAAUGCAUGAAAUUUAAUUAUUUUCUUGGUGGAUCAGAUUCCGCCCCCUUCUUUCCCCCCAUUUGUCAAUUAUCACUAAAUCAAGUGAAGUUUAGCAUUCUAUUGGUCGAUUUCAUUGCCCAUCCCCCUUAAAACCAACAUCAUCAUCAUCAUCAUCAUCAUCAUGAAAUUAUGGUAACUCGGUGGAGUUAAUUCCAUAAGAAUGCUAUGUCUGGGAUUAUAUAAUAUCUCUGGAUUGAAUAACCUUCGAUUUUUUUAAGAAUUAAUGCCGGAUAUGACCCAGAUUUGGUUUUAUUUUUUUAAUUUUAAUUUUAUUUUUAUAAUGCACAUGAAGAACGUUGAUUGCAGUUGGAUAGAACCCUAGAACGAACUGAGCUUGGGAAAUCUGAAAAUCAAGCUUAGAUCAGAAAAAGAAUAUCAUCAUCUACGUUGUAUGAAUUUGUUUGCUUUCUCCCACUAGGGUCAACUACUUCCAGGAGGGGGACCAAGUUCAUCCUCACCUCGACGCUGCCGCCGCCUUCCGGAAGGCUCUGAUGACCUGGGCAGCAUGGAUCGACAGGAACGUUGACCCAGGCAAGACCCGAGUCUUCUUCAGAACCUCCUCCCCCUCCCACUUCAGGUACUACUUUCUCUCAUCUUCCUUCCCCUACCAUGGCUCAGUCGGGUCAGAAGAACCCAAUUGAGAAAGCUUGCUCCUUUCUGUGCUUCCAUGGCAGUGGCGGUGAGUGGAACUUCGGCGGCCACUGCCGGGAGAGCACCUGGCCCCUAGGCGGCCCACCGGCGGGCAGCAGUGGCGGCGAUGGCGGCUCCCCGAUGAACAGAAUUGUGGGGGAGAUUGUGAAGAAGAUGAGGACCCCGGUGACCUUGCUGGAUAUCACCGGAUUGUCUGGGUUGAGGGUCGACGGCCACCCAUCGAUCUACGGGCGGCGCCGCCAAGGCGGCGGCGUCCAAGACUGCAGCCACUGGUGCCUGCCGGGGGUCCCAGACACCUGGAACGAGCUGCUGUUCUACCACCUGGUGGCCGGACAGGGGACCACCGCCUCUGCAUAUAUAGGAACAUCUUCUGCGGAAUCUUAG